AGCCCCGGGGAGCCUCGCGGGCCCGGGCUGGCGGGCGCUGGCGCUUUCGGGACCGGGGACGCGCGCUGACGCGCUCCGUGAUUCCGGGGACCGGGGCAGGGAGGACACGCCGGGUCUGUUGCUGCCCGGAUGGAGGGGUAGGGUCACGAGUGACCCGGGCACCGAGAGUGGCCCCCGUGAGCUGCCGGUGGCCUGGAGACUGGGACGAGCGCUCGGAAAGUUUGGAGGCUCGGUAGGGAGGGUUGACGCUCGCCCUGGCCCCGGCCGGGGAGCGCGGCCUCCACGUGGGCUGUGCUUCUGGCGUCAGGUCGGGCCUAGGAGACAGGCUUUGCGGUUGGGGAAGCUGCGGGCAGGGCAGCUGCGGCCCUCUUGUACCGCCCUGACUUGAAAAUUCCAGCUCCCGCUUGCAGGGCACUGAGCAAGUGUGACUAGCCUGGCAGCCUGACAGUGGGUCGUCCAACAGGUUAGGAAGGCCAGGUGGUUCGCUGUGUUUUCAGGAAGCAGGGGCCUGGGAGUCCCAGGAUGUGAUUAGUCCACUAAUUAGCUGUAAAUUCGGCGCCAGGCCAUUGAUUUCACUGGACUCGCGUUUAAGUGGAGGAGCCGGAUUUUCCCAGCCUCUGCCACAACCUCGUGGGUGGAUGGUUUUACCUUUCUGGUCUCAUCCUUUGUAACGUCGUAGGUCACCAAAAUACAUGAAUGUGGUAUAAUCCAUUUUCUCUUUAAAAUACAACUAAGAAGAUAACUGCCAAUCAUAGCUUUGGGUCAGCAGGAGAACCAGUUUUCCCUCUGGAUAAACAUUUCUGUUGGGCAAAAAAAAAAUGUUUUGGGUCAGCCUAGGCGACUUCCUUACAGUAGGUCCGCUUCCUCACUGCUCUGUCUUGAGGACAGAAGGAUGCCGAAGAAAGCAAAGCCCACGGGGAAGGGGAAGGAAGAGGGAUCUGUUCCCUGUAAGCAGCUGAAGAUGGAGGCAACUUGUGGACCCCCCUCCGCUUUGAAUUUUGAAAGCCCUGGUGAUCUCUUUGAAAGUUUAAUCUCGCCCAUCAAGACAGAGACUUUUUUCAGGGAAUUCUGGGAGAAGCAGCCCCUUCUCCUUCAGAGAGAUGACCCUGCAGUGGCCACAUAUUACCAGUCCCUGUUCAGGCUGUCAGAUCUGAAGAGUCUCUGCAGCCGGGGUAUGUACUAUGGAAGAGACAUAAAUGUCUGCCGCUGUGUCAACGGGAAAAAGAAGGUUUUAAAUAAAGAUGGCAAGGUGCACUUCCUUCAGCUGAGGAAAGAUUUUGACCAGAAAAGGGCAACAAUUCAGUUUCACCAACCUCAGAGAUUUAAGGAUGAGCUUUGGAGGAUCCAGGAGAAGCUAGAAUGCUACUUUGGCUCCUUGGUUGGCUCGAAUGUAUACAUAACCCCUGCAGGAUCCCAGGGCCUCCCACCCCAUUAUGACGAUGUGGAGGUCUUCAUCCUGCAGCUGGAAGGAGAGAAACACUGGCGUCUGUACCGCCCCACUGUGCCCCUGGCCCGGGGGUGCAGCGUGGAGUCCGAGGACAGGGUCGGGACGCCGGCGCUCGAGUUCACGCUGAAGCCGGGUGAUUUCCUGUACUUUCCCAGAGGGACCAUUCAUCAAGCGGACACUCCUCCAGGGCUGGCCCACUCUACUCACGUGACCAUCAGCACCUACCAGAACAAUUCGUGGGGAGAUUUCCUUUUGGACACUAUUUCGGGGCUUGUAUUUGACACUGCAAAGGAAGAUCUGGAGUUCCGGGCUGGCAUACCCCGGCAGCUGCUCCUGCAGGUGGACGCCACGGCUGUUGCGACAAGAAGGUUAAGUGGCUUUCUGAGGACCCUUGCCGACCGGCUGGAGGGCACCAAAGAGCUGCUUUCAGCUGACAUGAAGAAGGAUUUUAUUAUGAACAGACUCCCUCCUUACUAUAUGGGAGACCAAGCCGAACUUUCAACGCCAGGUGGACGGUUACCAAGGUUGGACAGCACAGUGAGACUGCAGUUUAAAGACCACACCAUCUUCACAGUGGGGCCGGAUCAGGAUCAAUCUGAUGAAACUCAGGAAAAGAUGGUUUACAUCUAUCAUUCCUUAAAGAAUAGGAGAGAGACACACAUGAUGGGAAAUGACGAAACAGAGUCCCAUGGACUUCGCUUUCCUUUAUCACAUAUGGAUGCACUGAAGCAAAUUUGGGGUCACUCAGCUAUUUCUGUCAAGGACCUGAAACUGACUACAGAUGAGGAAAAGGAAAACCUGGUGUUAUCCCUCUGGACAGAAUGCCUAAUCCAGGUAGUCUAGGGCCUUUCCAGAAUCAAGGGUGCACUGUCUCAGAGACACACGCGCAAAGAAGAGCAAUGAUGUAUGUGCUGCUUCUGUCGAUUGGGAAGGACCCUACAACAGCCUUCCUUACCUGUCAUGGAAGAAGGGGGUCUCAGAAAGUAACCAAACUGUACUUUGGACAAACUCAUUUAAUCCAGUGUGGUAGAAAAGGCACAACUCCAAUAAAUGUUAUCAUUGACAUUUAAAGGUCGCUACCUGGCUUUGUCUUUGUUCUUUGGAAGAAACAACUUCUUUAAAGAGCCUUAUUGGCUCUACAAAAAUCUUUUAAACAAUUAACACAAAAAAAUUAAAUUGUUUUUUUACAAUGAAAAUAUACAUACCUCCGUGUAUACACAACCCCCUCCCCCCGUUAAAAUAAAGUUACCCCGAUAACGUAAGUUUCAUUAAAUACUGCCACACUAAUGAGAGGCGCUCCCAUCUAUGGGCAUACACGCGUUUUACAGCUGCUGCUUCAGAGAUGACAAAGAGCCUGAGAUUGAAGGGAAGAAAAUCAGUAUUUACAUGGAAAGACCAAGUCUCUAUAAAAAAUGCUCAAAAUAUUGGGUCUUUGUGUUUAAACAAUUGACUGUUAUUUUACAUUCUAAAGUGCGUAUAGGUUGAUAUUCAAAAAUAUCGCUGGAGUAUUUAAUCCUUCUAUAUAAAAAUAGAGCAGACAGUGUUCUGCUUUCUGGUAAAAGUUUGUGACGAAGGGAACAGUUGUCUCAAGUUUAAAACCAACUCAGGAGGGAAAAAUACUUAAGAAUUGUAUAAUUUUUAAAGGUGGUAAUGAUUACCUGAUAUCCUACCUGAUUUUGCUUAAAAAUUGAAAUAAAAACAGUUUUCAGCCAUUUCAUUAAGUAAAAUGGUAUAGAGUCAAAAAGGCUCAACUACUACUUGGUUUUAACUUAAACAUUUGAAAUUUCCCUUCAGGCAGACAAAGAAAAAUUUGACUAAACUCCUUGAGGGCAGAUCAGGCAAAAUCUAGGGUGAGGUCUCAGCACCAGGACAGGUGACCACCGAUUAUAGAGUCUUGUCACCCGGGAGAGAGUAAGGAUGGUCACGAGUUAUUUGUGCUUUUUUCGUUUGGCCACAGAAAAUACGCCAAUACUCGAGCCUCUUUCCUAAACAAAGCCAAGGUCCUUUCCUGGGGUCAGUUAUAAGUAUGAAUACUUACGGUGCUUCAGUUAUAAAAGACCCU